GCGCCGGAUGAUCAUUCGGCAAACCGUCGUAGGAAGCAGAAGUACUUCUCUGGCCUGCCAGCCAACACUUUUGCCGUGGAUUGGAAAUGUUCUGCGCACCAGGGGCACAGGGUGAUCGAGAAUCGUGAGCGGGAAGUGAUUGGAAACGUUCACGCUGUGCGCGUUACUUGCUCGCAACCGCACUGGCAAAACAAGUUUCAGCAGGCUUUGAAGCAGAUCAUCCGUGAGGACCUGGCGUCGGGCGGUUUUCAGAUUCAAGUGCCAGUGCCGCGGUGGCAGGCGCGGAACGAUAGCUUGUUUUCCAGGACUUAUCUCAGGAGACGCACGAUGGUGACCGCAGACAUACUGGACUUAUCAACCCCAAUGGACCUCGUCUCCGACUCUGCCGCCGCAAAAUUCCUUCUGAAAUGGAACGGGGAUUGGACGUUGCCCAAGGUAUCUCACUACUGCAGCGGGCCAGACUGCUGCGGGGGCCUCGACGACGCAUGCGAUCAGUUAUUCGGGGCGGCCAUCGAGAUUGAUCUGCUGAUGUCGAAAGACACUGGGGCCCCUAGCUUGGACGAUUGGUUCACAUGUGGUGAGGUCUGCGGCAAGGUCGGCCUCGGGGCGUUGUGCCACAGAGUCCUCGGUCGCGUCAUCGACCUCGCAUUGCCCAACCCAUCGUUGGGCAUGCGGCGGCCGGCACGGGCAGAGAACGCUGGCGAGAGGGCCAGGCGCAUAGGACAGAAGAAAGCAUGGCGGGGCAAGUAUUUCCUGAAGGAUGACGAGAAGCUCGCUCGCGCGGAUAUAGGUCACAUAUUUGAUUACUAUGACGUCGGCAAGCACAACUUCUUGUGGUCGGAGAUGCGUGGUAUUGGAUUGGACAUGGCUUCGCAAGUGAAGUGGCGAUAUCUCCCGCUUGAGGGCUACCCGCUCAAGCUGGUUGGGAUGGUCCACCCUGGCCUCUCUGAAGCUCAGCGUCGGCGGCGCGCAGAUGCUUUCUUCGAGUUGGAGCCGUGCUGCCUGGAGCCGUUCUUCGCAGCCAAAGUCCGACGGGCGUUCCCGUCCGCCGAUGCCAUGUUCAGAGAUAGUGAUUUCAGGCGGAUGUUGAUUAGCCUCGCCGUGGUCUUCAAAUUCUGUAAUAUGUGGUGCGAGCGGUUGCUGGCCUUGUGCAGGAACGCAACCAAUCACGAGAAGGGCGUAGACAUUGAGCGUUUCUGUUGCACGGGGUUUCUGGCGCAGCUCUUAUCCCAGCAUCGCAAGAACGGGGGCGACGACCCUAGAUGCCCCACGCGGGCUCAAUUGAUUGAAGACGGUGCCCCAGUCAUUGCUCAGCCUCGCCAGCGGAAAGGCCAGGUAUCAGGUGUCUUCGUUCAUUGGUUGUCAAAGCAGGAGAGGGUGAGAAAGCAGAGCGGCCCCCCGAUGAACAAAGACGAGUACGCGGCGUGGAGACGGACCAAGGUCACUGAGUUCCACGAGCCGACCCAGCAGCAGAUCGACGCCGAGAAGGCGGAGGCCGACCGCGAGUGCGCACUCAAGCGCCUCGAGGCCGACGAUGAGCUCCCCGUGGACGGUCUCCCCCUUGGCUCCCGCGGCGUGUUGCAGACGAUCUUGGAGGCGCGCGGGAAUACUCGGACGCCCUUUGCCCCAGAAGAGUUCGAGGCAGAGGAGACCGCAGCUGCCCCUGGGUUCACGAGGUACGAAUCGACUGCCCGAGAGAUGAUCGCUCGGGACAUGUUCGUGUCCGACUCUGGGGACAUCGCCGACGACGAAGUUUUCGACUAUUACGUUCCAUGCGCGUGUGCGCAUCCAGAGCUGUGCGCAUCGAAAGACGCUGGCAGAUUGCCGCUGUUGCUGGAGGCGGCGAGGGGAUUGCGGCAGCAGCUCACGAAAGAUUCGACUGGUCAUUUCUUCUGUUUGAGGUUCGUUGGCCCGCAGGUUGACGCGGCGGCGUGGUUCUGUGCUGCCUGCGUUCGGCUUAGCAACCCUGCGGUGGCUAUACUAUGCCCGGCGCUGAUGGACGUCGAUCGCCGCCGCGUCCAGCUUGACUUUUGGGACGGCGUGGAGUUAGAGUAUCUUGUUGACGUUUCCUUCCUAGGCAGGUAUCUCGGCCACGAUGAGGACGUUGAGAUCACCAACAUAUUUCUGUCUGCCGCUGCCAUCGACCAGGAGAUGCUCGCCGACUCUGCGGCGGCUGUUUUCUUGGUCGACGACUGGAGGUCCCGCUUGUUCAACAGCGAGCAGCCUGUCUUUCCUCCCCGGGGCCGUCUCCGCCAGGCACGGGGCAAGAAGGCCCGCAAGGCCGAUGGCGACGCCAUGGCCGACAUGAGAAGAGGCAUCAGGGCGCUUGGCGGAGACGGCGACAAGAUCAGGAUCAGGCGGCCGAAGCCAGAGGGGCAUGGCUCAGAUGAUGAGCUCUGGAACGACUUCGGUUCUGGUGGCAGCUCUGGCAGCUUGUCUCCUCCCAACGACGGAGAUAGCAGCUCGGGCGCCGACGGGCCCCCCGUCGCUGGCAUUAAGAGGCCCCAGCCGGCCGAGAAAGAAGUCAGGAAGGUCCCUUUCGGUCCGUGGACGGUCAGCGAGGUCUGGAGCGAGGGCGUCCACGUCGGCUUCGGCGGCAACUGCAAUUGCCACCUUGACGCGGGCAAGGACUUGCGCUGCAAGCGGAACAUUACUUUCGCUGGCAUGUCCGUCGUGGCGACGCGUUGCCUCGCCAAGCAGUGGCUCCUCAUGGGCGUCGGCCUGGCUGGCGACGACGCCCGAUCACAGCACGUAAAGGGCAUCCCUCGGGCCGAGAUCCCGAUUCGAGACGAGGCCGAGCUCGACGCUGCGGCCUUG